AUCCCCACCGCCCAGCGCCCCUCGUUUCCAACACCCCGUGCCUCAACGGCAGCGGGUCCAUCCCUGCGCUGGAGAGUUGCCAGAAGUUUCCCAUCUCAGUCUGUGUGCUGUGCUCUCGCUCUGCCUCUCUCUCUCUCUCUCUCUCUUUUUUUCCCCCUCUUUGAGCUUUUCUGAUGCCGUCGGUGUGAGCUGCGCUGUGCAGCUGGCAGUGCGAGCCGCCCGGGCACGGCGCGCUGCGGGAACGCUCCUUCCUUUCCCUGCAGGUGACGGGGAACUUCACCAUGCUGCUGGAGGAGCUCAGAAGGCUCCAGAACACCCUGGAACAGGUCAAUGAUGGCAAAUACUCGCUUCAAAGCCAUCAGCUUGCCAUGGAUGAGGAAAAUAAUAUUGAAAAAUACCAUAUCAACUUACAGCCCUUGGAAACGAAAGUGAAAAUCAUCCAGCGUGCAUGGCGGCAGUACCUGCGACGCCAGGACCUGCGCCCAGAGCAGAUGGGCAAGCGCAGCCCCUCGCCACCCUCCGUGUCCUCUGACAAGAUGAGCAGCUCCAUCAGCAUGAACACCUUCUCGGACAGCAGCACACCGGAUUCCCGGGAGGAUGGCAUGGAUUUAGGCAGCGACGCCGGCAGCAGCCGCUCCAGCUCGGAGUCCAACUCCAGCAAAGUGACUCCGUGCUCCGACUGCAAGUCCUCGCCGUCCCCCAGCAGCUUAGACCUGGCGGCGCUGGACGACGAUUCGGAGGAAGAAGAGGAGGAGGACGACGACGACGAGGACGACGAAGCCGCCUACCUGCCUCCCCGCUGCCCGGGCCCCGCCGAUGCCCUCCGCGCCGCUCCCUCCCUCCGCCGCUCCCCGCAGCGCUCCGCCGCUCCCCGCCCGCGGCCGCACCACCGCCCGCUGCCCCCGAAGCAGCAGCAGCAGCGGCGGAGCGGCGGGGGGGCACCGGGGCCAGGCGGGCGGCGGGCGCGGCGGGGCGGGGGUGGGGGAACGGCGCAACCCCCCCGGGAACCGCAGCCGCCCGCCAUGGACUGGGCAGCCCUGGAGAGGCACCUGGCGGGGCUGCAGUGCCGGGAGAAGGAGCGUGGGCAGAGGACCAACCCCGCCUCGGCUCAGAAGAAUGAGCGUGAGUCCAUCAGGCAGAAGUUGGCUCUUGGCAGCUUCUUUGACGAUGGCCCGGGGCUCUACACCAGCUGCAGCAAGAGUGGCAAGCCCAGCCUGUCCUCCCGACUCCAGAGCGGGAUGAACCUGCAGAUCUGUUUUGUGAACGACAGCGGCAGCGAUAAGGACAGCGAUGCCGAUGACAGCAAGACAGAAACCAGCCUGGACACACCUUUGUCACCCAUGAGCAAGCAGAGCUCUUCCUACUCCGACAGAGACACGACCGAGGAGGAGUCCGAGUCCCUCGAUGACAUGGAUUUUCUCACCAGGCAAAAGAAACUCCAAGCUGAAGCCAAAAUGGCCUUGGCUAUGGCAAAGCCCAUGGCCAAAAUGCAGGUGGAGGUGGAGAAACAGAACAGGAAGAAAUCUCCGGUGGCAGAUCUGCUGCCACAUAUGCCUCAUAUAAGCGAAUGCCUGAUGAAGAGGAGUUUAAAACCUGCUGACCUAAGAGACAUGACUAUCGGGCAGCUACAGGUGAUAGUCAAUGAUCUCCACUCGCAGAUAGAAAGCUUGAACGAGGAGCUGGUGCAGCUGCUGCUCAUCCGGGAUGAGCUGCACACGGAGCAGGAUGCAAUGCUGGUGGACAUCGAGGACCUGACCAGGCUUCUCCUUCCCAGACAUGCCGAGAGCCAGCAGAAGCACAUGGCAGAGAAGAUGCCAGCAAAGUAACCCCAGAGCCCGUGGGAGCAGAGAUGGAGCUCGCCUGUCCCUCGCUUCUGUGUCUGUACACGUGCUGAUGUCCUCGGUGGCGCGCAGCAAAUCAGUGUUAGUCCUUGGUCGUGUCCGAAGCUUUAUGUCCGGUGAUUGGCCUCUGCUUCUUAAUUUAUUUUAAUUAUUUUUUUUUCUUUUUUACUUGUACCACUCAAUAUCAGGCAUUUUAAUAAUAUUAUUACAGAAAAAAAAAUGUACAGUACUUAUAACAUUAUAAAACGUGGCUGAGGAGAGAGGGCGGUUUAACUUUAUUUUUGUUUGCUUAGAGGUUUUACGUUGGACGAUAUUUUACCAUUGACUACUUUUUUAUUCUUCACUGUAGUUUUAAAUAAAGAGACUGUACUUGACGGUGCUAUACAAGUCCAAAAGACAUGCCUGCCUCGUAGUGACGUCGUAACCUUCGGUAAUAUGUACAUUUUAAUCAGUUUUCAACAUUUUGUGAAUGUUGACUACCUGACUCAGUUCAUUUUUAGCUGUGCUAUUAACAUUCAGUUGGGUUCAAAGAGUUACCUGGAAAGUUUUAUGUAUAAAGAUGUAAAAUAAACAUUUAAAAACUUGUUUCAUA